CCCAUUCACACCCCUCUCCUUGCCGUUCCACGCUCCAGGACCUCACACAAAGACACGCCGCCCCAUUCAAAACAUAACCAAAAUGGGCGCUCACCUAUCCGGUCUGGCCUACACUGCCGCGCGCGUCGCUAGUUACGUCGUCAAGAACCCAAUCUCGUCCGCCUUCCACGCCGUCACAGCGAUCUCCUUCCUCGCCCCUGGCUUUGUCUCCGGACCGCUGCUAGCAUGGGCCGGUUUCGGUAGCAAAGGACCAGUCGCAGGUGCGAUUCACAGGGAAAACAUCCGAAUAACUGAGCGGGAGCUUACUUAUUGCGCACAGCGACUAUAGCUUCGAGCGUCCAGUCCGUUAUCGGGUCGGUUGGUGCGGGUGGCAAGUUCGCGACACUUCAGUCGGCCGCCGUAAGUGGCAGCAGCAACUCUGCCAGAGCCUUUACUAAUUGUUUG